AUGUUUCAGCGUCGCACAGUAGUUGCUGCAAAGCGUUCCGCCGCUCAAUGGAGGAGUCUCGCAACAGCGUCUCCCGUGAGCUCCGCACGCAACCAUAAGAUUGUAGUGGUCGGCGGUGGUACUGCGGGUCUCACCAUCAGUCACCAACUACUGCACUCUGGCAAAUUCGCACAAGAUGACAUUGCUGUCAUUGAUCCAGCUGAGUGGCAUCACUACCAACCCGGCUGGACACUGGUUGGCGGUGGCCUCAAGGACAAAACGGAGCUGCGCAAGCCAUUGAAGAGCUUGAUUGAUCCCAAGUUCAAGUUCUAUAACGAGGGUGUUGGCGCCUUCGCCCCCACCGAGAAUACUCUCACCCUUGAGAAUGGCGACAAGAUCAACUACGAGCAACUCGUCGUGGUGCCCGGUAUUAGCAUCAACUAUGGCUCGAUCAAGGGUCUCCCUGCGGCUCUUGCAGACCGGAACUCAACUGUUUCGACAAUUUACAGCUACGACACAUGUGACAAGGCUUUCCGCAACAUCGAAAAUUUCCGCGAAGGAAAUGCCAUCUUCACUCAGCCAGCCGGUGUGGUCAAGUGUGCGGGUGCCCCACAGAAGAUCAUGUGGCUUGCGUUGGAUCACUGGAAACGAGCUGGCCUCUACAAUCCUCCCAACCCCUCUGACUCGCCCGUCAAGAUUAGCUUUGCAACCGGUCUCCCAAUGAUGUUCGGUGUGCCCAAGUACAGCGCCGUCCUCGAGCAGAUGCGCAAAGACCGCGGCGUGGAGGGAUUGUUCCAGCACGAUCUCCUUGCGAUUGAUGGCAAGGCCGCCAUUUUCGCCUCCCCCGAGGGAGAAGUCACAAGACAAUUUGACUUGUUGCAUGUCACCCCCAAGAUGGGUGCCCAUGGCUUCGUCAAGAACAGCGCUCUGGCCAACGAGGCUGGAUUCGUCGAUGUCGACGACAGCACCACCCGCCACAAGAAGUUCCCCAAUGUCUGGUCUGCUGGUGAUGCUUCCAGUCUGCCCACAUCUAAGACUGCCGCAGCGAUCACUUCCGAGGCACCGAUUCUCGUCCACAACCUUUUGCGAAGCAUGGAGGGUAAGGAACUCGAUGCUUCUUACGAUGGAUACACCUCAUGCCCGCUUGUGACUCAAUAUGGCAAGGUUCUUCUUGCUGAGUUCAAGUAUGGCGGAGUGCCCAAGGAGACAUUUGGGGAUAUGUUUGGUAUUGACCAGGCCGAACCCCGUCGUGCGUUCUAUCAUCUGAAGAAGGACUUCUUCCCUUGGGUGUACUAUAACUACAUGAUUAAGGGCAACUGGGGAGGACCAAAGGGCUUCCUAUAA